UUGGACACAGUGGUGGCUUGUCAUGGCGGUGGCUUGGGCACCACCAUCACCAUUCCUUGGUGGGUAGCACGGUGCUGGGACAGGAUGCUUCAGGUCACCUGGGCAUCCACCGAGUCUCACUGUCUCUGGUCGGUGGGAUGUACCGGUGUCUUGCCUCCUCGUUUCUUGGCUGCAGGGUCCAUCACCCCUGGCUCAGCACCCUUUGCUUCCAGCCACGUUGGGGCAGCUGCAGCAGGUGGGAAGAGGAGAAGAAAGAAGACGGAGUAAAGUGGACACAACUGGAACACAGAGGACCCUACUUUGCCCCCCUCUAUGAGCCACUGCCCGAUGAUGUGCAGUUCUAUUAUGAUGGCAAACCACUGAAGCUGAGCCUGGCCACAGAGGAAAUUGCCACCUUCUAUGCCAAAAUGCUUGAUCAUGAAUACACGACCAAGGAGAUCUUCCAGAACAACUUCUUCAACGACUGGAGAAAGGAGAUGACCUCAAAGGAGCAGAAGAUAAUCAAGGACCUGGAUAAGUGUGACUUCAGGGAGAUCCACAAGUACUUUGUGGACAAAAAUGAGGCACGGAAAGCACUCUCCAAAGAGGAGAAGCAGAAACUGAAGGAGGCGGCUGAUAAGAUCCAGGAGGAGUAUGGGUACUGCAUCCUGGAUGGGCACCGGGAGAAGAUAGGCAACUUCAAAACUGAGCCACCAGGGCUGUUCCGUGGACGUGGUGACCAUCCCAAAAUGGGCAUGCUGAAGAAGAGGGUCAUGCCAGAAGAUAUUAUCAUCAACUGUAGCAAGGACUCCAAGAUCCCUGAGCCACCAGAAGGGCACAAGUGGAAGGAGGUACGCUUUGACAACACAGUUACCUGGCUGGCUUCGUGGACGGAAAACAUCCAGAACUCUUUGAAGUACAUCAUGCUGAACCCCAGCUCCAAGCUGAAGGGGGAGAAGGACUGGCAGAAAUAUGAAGUAGCCCGGCGCUUAAAGGAUGUAGUCCACAAAAUCCGUGCACAGUACCGAGUCGACUGGAAGUCCAAGGAGAUGAAGAAACGGCAAAGAGCAGUGGCCCUCUAUUUCAUUGAUAAGCUGGCCCUGCGAGCUGGCAAUGAGAAGGAAGAAGGGGAGACUGCAGACACGGUUGGCUGUUGUUCCCUGCGAGUGGAGCACAUCAAACUGCACCCUGAGCUGGAUGGGCAGAAGCACGUGGUGGAGUUCGACUUCCUUGGGAAAGAUUCGAUCCGUUACUACAACAAAGUGUCAGUGGAAAAGAUGGUGUUCAAGAACCUGCAGGUGUUCAUGAAGAACAAGGACCCAACAGAUGAUCUCUUUGACAGGCUCAAUACAUCCGUCGUGAACAAACACCUUCAGAGCCUGAUGGAUGGUUUGACUGCCAAAGUGUUCAGGACCUACAAUGCCUCCAUCACCCUGCAGGAGCAGCUCAAGGCGCUCACUAACUCUGAAGACAAUGUUGCGGGGAAGCUCCUCUCCUACAAUCGAGCUAACCGAGCUGUGGCCAUCCUGUGCAACCAUCAGAGGUCUACACCAAAAACCUUUGAGAAGUCGAUGCAAAACCUCCAGACCAAGAUAGAUGCCAAGAAGCAACAGGUGGAGGAAGCCCAGCAAGAGCUGAAAAAAGCUGAAGAUGAAUUUGAAGACUCAAAAGAUGCCAAAGCAGAAGCCAACGUGGAGAAGAAAAAGAAGCUGUUGAAGAGGCUGGAAGAGCAGCUGGCUAGGUUGAAUGUCCAGGCCACGGACAAGGAGGAGAACAAGCAGAUAGCUCUGGGCACAUCCAAGCUGAAUUACCUGGACCCCAGGAUUAGCAUAGCUUGGCAUUUUGUCUUUGUGGAAGAGGAUCACCAAGAAGUGCGCCGAGACCUGCCCAUUCCACAACUUCAAGCUGGGCCUGGCUACCUACACCUCGUAUUGCUGUCAAACAUUCUUAUGCAACCUAAGCGCAUGCCCAGGACCCAGGCUAGCUCGGCCAUGAGAUGGCUGGGUUCCUUUGCCAGUGUCCUUCUUCACCUACAAAGCAGUGGUGGGAGAAAAGGGCUCCUGAAGGCCUGAAGAGCACGGACAGAUUUCCCAGGAUGGUAUGGACACCAAGCAUGCUGUAGAGUAGAUAAAGGGUUAUGGUCACCACCUCCUGCCUUGUGUUGCCUCCCAGCCUGCACCUUCUCACUUGCUUCUCAUGCCUCAGCUCUGUAGACCUGGCAGCUUCGUGGAGAAGUGGCUGUGUGAUAUUCUCUGCAGUCUGGGGAGGGAGGUGCUGCUUCUGCAUGUCUUGAAUAUCUCUGGAGGGAUUUCUUCUGCAACAUUCCUUUAUUUUGCGUGCUUCUGGGAGCCACACAGUUGUAGCUUCCAGAUUCAGGGAAAGGUGAGUGAAAACAACAACCUCUCUGCACCAAUUCAGAAGAGAAACUGAACUCAAAGCAGAGAUGCUGGGGAAGGGAAAAAAGGCAGUUCUGUGUAUAAAGGCCUGCAAUGAGUGCUAACCAAAGCUUUUUUCCCUUGCACCCCUCACCUGCUCCACCAAACCUUGUCACCUCCAAUUUAAGUCCCCCCCCGCCUUUUCCUAUGACUCCAUGCCCUCAUAAAAAGUCCCUUCCCAGCUUUCCUGGGGCCCCUUCAGGUACUGGAAGGCUGUUAUAAGUUCUCCCUGCAGCCUUCUCUUCUCCAGGCUGAAGAACCCCAACUAUCUCAGCCUGUCCUCAGAACAGAGGUUCUCCAGCCCUCAGAUCAUCUUUGUGGCCUCUUCUGGACCCAUUCGAACAGUUCCAUGUCCUUCUUCUGUUGGGGAUUCCAAAACUGGACACAAUGCUCCAGGUAGGGUCUCACAAGAGCGGAGCAGAGGGGCAGAAUCAGCUCCCUCGACCUGCUGGCCACACUUCUUCUGAUGUCAUACCAUCCUUCAUAUUACCUUGAUUGCUUGUGGUUGCUGUUUGAGCCAAGCGACCUCACCCGGGGUUUGCACUGCCCUGGGCCCACCACUUUGCAAUCUGUCUUCCAGCAAGCCAUUAAUUUAUCCAUCCCUCCAACAUCCUCCCGAGCAACCGCAGGGUAAUGAGUAGUAUUGGCAGCAUUUGGGUUGAGCUUCUGAGGAACUGUGGAUGGGUUGAUAAGAGAAGAAUACAGAUUUCAGAGAGGCCAGAUAUUUAAUAUAGAUGUUUCCAGAGAGUGCAAAGAAAUGAGGGUAAAAGGAAGCUCAAAAAAUAAACAAUGACAAGAGCUCAGAGAAUUUUCAUAGCAUCAUAGAAUCACUUGGUUGGAAAAUAUCUUUGAGGUCCUCAAACUCAGCUGUACCUGACCACCACUAAAUCAUAUCCCUAAGCAUUUCAUCUACCUGCCUGUUAAACACCUUCACAGAUGGUGCCUCAACCACCUCCCUGAGCAGCCUCUGCCAGUGCCUGAGAACCCCUUCCAUGAAGAAAUUUUUCUUAAUGUCCAAUCUGAACCUCCCCUGGUGCAACUUGAGGCCAUUCCCUCUCAUCCUAUCACUUGGAAGAAGUGACCAACACCCACCUCACUACAACCUCCUUUCAGGGAGUUGUAGACAGUGAUAAGGUCUCCCCUCAGCUAAAUGACUUCUCCUAAGGCUUGUGUUCCCUCAGCUGCUCCUCCUAAGACUUGUUCAUUCCCAUAGGUGUUGCUGAAUGCCUCUCCCUCUUCCUAAGCAGCACUUUUUGGAGGACUUUUGCCUUUCAAAAGCAUGGAAGUGCUUAAAUGUGGGUCAGCCUGGCCUCCCAAAUCUGCCAAACAUGUCUCAGCCAAGGGAUGACGCUCUGUGUUGUGCUUCAACCCAGCUCUGGUAAACAAGGAGACAAAAGGGGCUUUGAGCUGUGCUGAGCACGUCUGCCUUGGGCUGGUGCCCAUGGCUGCUCUGGAUGAAUGCCGUCUUCUGAAGCGCUGAAUAACGGGAGUCUUCAGAGAUGUGCUUUCCCUUUUAUUAAUCGACUUCUACUUUUUCUCUGCCCCCUUCUUCUCACAGUUAUGCCACACUGCGAGGGCAGAACUCCGUUCCGAAGAAGCCACGUUGGGUGAUGCACCUCCCUUUACCUCUUCAUUAGACCAUGAUCUCUUUCAUCCCCUACUUAGAAAUUUGCAUUUCUCACUCUAAAGCAAUCCAACCCCCCUCCUGUCCCUCAGCCCAAAUGCUCACAAGCUCUAAUUUAUGCCUCACACAAUAUUUUCCCAUUAAAAAAAAAAAGACUUGUGUGGUUUUUCUCCCUGCGUGCCAGAAUUAUUCAGCUCUCUGAAAGCACUGAGGAAUCCCAGUUGGAUAGACUCUAAUAAUUAAUAUUUCAUUGUGUUCAAUUUAUGCAUCCUGCAGUAGCGGAGACAGAGCCCCCCAUAGCCUGCAGGAAAACACAGUUGGGUAUUUUUUGCCACUUUAAAGUAAAAACUGGUUGUUUUUCAGUUGGUUUGGUCUGUUUUUGCUGCAGAAAGCAGUCUUGUAUUCAGAGAAUCAUAGAAUAAAAGGAUCACUAGGUUGGAAAACACCUUUGAGAUUAUCAAGACCAACUAUACCGUAUUACAUGAUUAAUAGAAGGGGAAAUAAUCCUGGGCAUAAUUGAAGAGCAAAGGGUUAUUUCCUUUGCCCAAAGGGCACUGCAGCUCAAGGACAUUUAAAACUGCCCUCCUCACGUGGUGCAAAGGUACCCUGGUGGUAAUGACUCUUCUCCAGUCACCUGACAUAUGUGGGGAGGAAGAAGAGGACGGUGUGAUACUUAACCACUAAUUUUGACCAGUUAGGGCCAGUGGGGACCAUUGAAAGCUGGCAGUCAUUAACACGAGGAUAAGGCUAUGCAGAAAAUUACCCUGAGCCUGUGCUCCUUGCUGGGUCAUUGUUCAAGGCAGAGCUCAAGUCUUGGGUUUGAAAGGUACUUGGAGUACCCUAAACAAAAAGGAUUUGUGCACUGGGUGGAAAGGAAUCACAGAAUCAUUAAGGUUUGAAAAGAUCUUUAAGAUCAUCCAGUCCAACACCACUGUGCCUACUAAACCAUAUCCUGAGGUGUCACAUCUACAUGGUUUUUUGAAGACCUCCAAGGAAGGAGAUUCCAUCACUAGUUGUUAUCAUCACUACAGACUACACUGAGUUUCUCCAACCCCAUUCAAAGAUGUGAUGGUGAUGGGAGAGGUGGGACAGAGGUGAAGGAACCCUUUUUGGUCUCUGCAGCACAAGGUAGGGCUCAAGCGCAGCACCUGAGUGGUUCAGGGCACUGCACAUUGCAAAAGAGACAACUCAGCUGGAGAUGGUCCAGGGUUUGAGAGAAAGAUGCUACAGAGAGUCGGCAUGGUGCUAUUGCAGGCAUUUUGGGAGGGUUUACCCAACCAAUUGGACAUUGUGAGAGAGGGCUGUUGUCUUACAAAAGGGGCUAACAGAUCCUGGUGCUAGGCAUGGAGAAAGAUCCGUGGAGAAAGAAACAUCCAAGCAUGGCACUUAAAAGAAUCAGCACAAAGCACAGAGUCUUUUCAAUGGCUGGAGCUGGCAGGGAAAUACAGCAUUGGGAUGAAUCACAGAAUCAUAGAAUUAUAGAAUGGUUUGGGUUGGAAAGGACCUUAAAGCUCAUCCAGUUCUAAACCCCUGCCGUGGACAGGGACACCUUCCACUGGAUCAGGGUGCUCAAAUCUUCAUCCAACCUGGCCUUGACCACCUCCAGAGAUGGGGCAGCCACAGUUUAUUUGAGCAAACUGGUUCAGUGCCUCCCCACCUUCAUACUAAAUGAAGUAAUAAUUACAAAAGGCCUAAUAACUGCCUGGUUGCAGAUAAUAACUAGCAGUUUAAAUACCUAAGAGACUUGAUGGAGAUGUCAGGGGGAGUUAUGACGUAGAUCCUUUGGGCCCAGGCUCUAGGAUGGUUGCACUCGCUGUGUGUGAUUGUCAUCUUUCCCUUCCUCUAUCAGAGCUACCAGCUUGCAGUCUCAACUGCCAAGCUCAUGAUAAAUUUAGCCCUGUGCCAAGCUGUGUGUGGGGCAAACCUGGAUAAGUGCUGGAAGGGGUCUGGAAGCAGGAUGGAGCUAUCGAAUCUUGAAAAAGGGUGAACAGCAGUGCCCUGGGCAGGGGUCCCUAUGAGUGGUGAUGGCAGAUGAAGGCAGCCAAGCCUCCCUGUGGCCAGCAGCCACCCCAUCUGUCUCACAGCGACUGAGAUGAGUAUCGCAUCAGACAGGAAAACACCAAACCAUCUUUCUGAAAUGCAGCCCCUGAUGUGUUGCCUAAUUCUCCACAAGGCUGAGGAUGGGGUGUGAGGUCUGUGCUUCGCUUGCGGGGUGGUCAGCAUUAUAGAGAUGCUGGUGGGACCUGCUGAGUGAUGUAACCCAAGGAGGAGGGUGAUGGGGGAAGGAAUGUGGCUGUGCCCAGCAAGUACCAGGGUGUGCUGCAGGAUGGACAAAGACAUCUCUGGACUUGUGGAACCUCCCUGGUGGGGUCGUGGGUGGAAAUGCUUUGGUAAAUACAGCUCUAGGGGAAAAUCCAGCUCUUUGGAGAAACCAGGAGUUUUCCAAACCAAAGCCAGAAGUUUAAAUGACAACAUUUCCUAGGCAAUGUUUGGGUUCAAGCCACAUUAUAACUUCUGGUUCAAAUCAUAGAAUCAGAGAAUCGGAGAAUCAUAGAAGCAUUUGGGUUGGAAGGGAGCUUAAAAAUCAUCCAGCUCCAACCCCCCUGCCAUGGGCAGGGACACCUCCCACUAGACUAGGCUCCUCAAGGCCCCGUCCAACAUGGUCUUGAACACCUUCAGGGAUGGGGCAGGCACAACUUCCCUGGGCAACCUGUACCAGUGCCUCACCAUCCUCAUUGUGAAGAAUUUCUUCCUAAUGUCUAGU